GAAUUGUGGAUUGUGUCCUCGCUACGAGUACCAGUCAGGGACAAGCUUAGUUGAGAGAGAGCCGUGGUGCGGAGAGCAGUACCGUAGUUCCCAAUGGAGCCGCGGUGUUGUCAACAAUGGCGGCCCGUCGUCCUGCUGCUGGUCUUCGUCAGCGUCGCUUGCUGCGUCUCUGACAACUACCAGCACCUUGAAGGACACCAGGUGUUGGUGGUGGAGGUAGGGAGCAGCGGAGCAGUAAAACACCUGCUGCAGGAGGGUCUGCUGGACGUGCUGGACCACUCUGGACCUUCCCGGACCGUGCGGGUCUCUCCUCAGACCGUCCAGGAGGUCAAGACCGCCCUGCGCGAGGCUGGAAUUUCCUAUAGCGUUCUCAUCCACGACCUGGCCGCCUAUCUACGGGAGAAGGACACAACACGCGCGCCACGUAGAAACAGAGCUGAAGUAUGUGUCUCCUCCAGCUGUCCCGCUCCUCUCAUAGACUCCUACAUGACCUUCCAGCAGAUUGAAUGGUACUUGACCCACCUAGCGAGUCAUCCCAGAGUUGAGGUGACGUCCAUUGGCAAAUCUGUUGAAGGUCGCGACCUGUGGCUGGUUCACAUCAAACCACCUGAGUGUAGAGGAGACGGAAGCCUAUCAGCGUUCCUGGGACGCCUGAAGGCAGCGCGGGAGAGUAAGCGUCGCCGCGCCGUGUGGCUGGAGGCAGGUAUCCACGGCCGUGAAUGGAUCGCACCCGCUGUUGCGUUACAGCUUAUUCAUAAUAUUGUUCAAGACUGCAGUGCUGGACGAGCUCUUGAUAUUUACGUGGUGCCCGUGGCCAACCCUGACGGCUACGUCUACUCUUGGACCAACGACCGCAUGUGGCGCAAGAACCGCAGGCAGAUUCCCGGCUCCGACUGUGACGGCGUCGACCUCAACCGUAACUGGGACUUUCAGUUUGGAGUGGGAGCCUCGCAUAACCCUUGCAGCGAAGUUUAUCAGGGAGCCCAUGCAUUCUCUGAGCCGGAGACACAGGCACUGAGCAAUGUUAUGUUGCAGGUAAAUAGAACAGGCAAACUGAUGCUAGUGUUAGUACUGCAUAGCUAUGGUCAGCUGUUAAUGUACCCGUUUGGCCACACUACAGACUCGGCACCCAACACGCCAGCCAUGCAGCGACUGGGCGAUAUAUUUGCCAAAAGUGCCAAGGAAAGUCACGGUACAGUGUACGAUGUUGCCAACUCUGCUGCCGGACUUUACUAUGCGUCCGGGGCCACGGAUGACUGGGCCAAAGGGGAGCUCAAGACAAAGUUUGCGUACACACUCGAGCUCAGAGAUAAAAAGACCUUUUUCUUGAGUCCUGAUCAGAUACUUCCCACGAGUGAGGAGGUCUGGAAUGGCAUGAAAAUGGUGUUCGUAGCGCUGACUCCAGAGCGAGGUAUCUAGUACAGUAUUUUGGAGUGUGUACUCCAUAUAAUGCACAGUUCUGGUUUGCUCUCUACCUUUCUGCAAUAAAAGAAAUUCCCAGUGCAGUAUCAGCUAUGUAAAUUGUCUGGUAAAUAACAUGUUCAAACGUGCUAAAAAUAAUAAAUUUGUAAAAUAGAAAUUCCUUACAAUUCAUUACACCAGGACCAUUCGGUUCGUUAAGGUUAGAAAAUAUUAGUACGUUACUGUCAACCUUCAGUGCUGUAUAGCCAUCUUGGUUUGGUAAUUUUGUCUAAAUUUAUUUUUGUCCAGCCCAAUGUCUGCAACAUUGGCACCAUGUUAUUAUAGGUCUGAUCUAAUGAGAGAAGGGGAUUAAAUGCCAUGCAGUUUACAAUGAGUCGUGUAUACUUAAAGUUGGUUGGCCUGUGAGAGUGAGAAGGCAGGUAUCCCUUAGGGAUACAUGGUGCUGCACCUGCUCCACCUAAUUAUUAAUUAACUUAAUGCCGCUUCUGUUCUCACCAAACGCAUACAAAUAAAAUUAAAUACAUUU